GUCCCGAGAUAGGUGUCCUUCAGAGUUGCGUAGUGGGACUUUCAAUUUUGGAAAUAUGGGUGCCACUGUUUGGGAAUUCAUAUAUAUAUAUAUAUAUGUAUAUAUAUAUAUAUAUAAUGUUUGGUACCAUUGAAGUUCGUAAUGAUAUCAAUAACAUGCCAACACAGGUCUUCCUCAUAAGAGGUUUAGUGAUAAAUGAUUGCUGGUCUUCAGCAUUGCGCUGGUGGAGAAUGUGUGCAUUGGUGCUACUGAGUUGCCUUGACCAGUUCCUGAUCAAAGUAUGCGAACAUAUUGGCAUGUCUUGUAGACAUGCUAUUUUUCUUUGAUCUGAUCUCGAUAAUGCUUGUUGUAAUUUUUUGUGAGUGACUUUAAAAUUCCUCAGGCUGUAUUUAUUGUACCCAUAAACUAUUCAACAUUUGAUGGGAUAAGCAAAUGUGGGAAUGUGUAAAUACUAAAACCCAUUUCAUAAGCUACACAUAAGCAAUGAAUUUUGACGAGCGCUACCCAGAAUCUAUCACAUCAGUUGCCCAAGCUUGCUGGUAGUGAUGCCAGUAUUGGCCUGAUUUGGCUGGAUGCCCUAUUGGCCAGGGCGGACAAUUCAGAGUUGCUGCGGCACCUGUUAGCCAAUGGCCAUGGAGUGGACGCGCAUGACAACCAGGGCUGGUUCCCGCUGCACGUUGCUGCCUCGCUGGGCAGCCCGACCUGCCUCGGCCUGGUGCUCGACGCCAUGGCGGCCACCGGUGACUCACUCUCCAUCGACGUGGACGUGGUGACAUACGACGGCGUGACGGCACUGAUGCUGGCGGCCGGCGCGCCUUCGCUGGCCUGCGUGCGCCGGCUGACGGAGGCUGGCGCCGACCCCACGCUCCGCUCCAUGUCGGGCUGGUCGGCGCUGCACGCGGCAGCGCGCUCCGGCCACCUGCCGCUGGUAGACACUCUGCUGGAGUACGGCGCCGCCCAGCUGGAGACGCUUGGCGCCGCCGGCAACCUAGUGCCGCCGCUGGAAACCGGCGAUGGCGCCUACCCGCUGCUGAGCGCCGCGCUGGAGGGCGGCGCCGGCAUGACCGUGCUUGAGCGGCUGAUGGACGCCGGCGCCUCACUCAGCUGCCGAGAGGACGCCGGCAGCACGCCACUCAUGCUGGCCGCGCAGCUGCAGCGCUGCGACGCCGUGGAGCUGUUCUGCCGGCGCGGCCUCACACCGCAGGUGGUCAACAUGCGCGAGGCCGGCGGCCGGACGGCUCUACACCUGGCCAUGGGCCCGCACCCGGCCGACGCCCGGGCUAACAUUAUCACGACGCUGCUGUGCUGCGGCGCCGACGUGUCACCUGAGCCGCUCCGCUCGCUCCUCUUGCACGCCGCCGCCGAGAACGACGCCCUGGCGUUCAGCCUGCUGCUUGACGCCGUCGGCAUCGAAGCCUUGCGCGGCUGGCAGCAGGGAUUCCUCUGGAACGUGCUGUUCGGCGCCGGCCUCGGCUUCGUGGAGGUGUUGCUGCGCCACGGACUGACGCACGACGAGGUUGAGUUCGUGGCGCGCGACGCUGGGAGUUCGCCCAGCUACUGCCAAAAUGUGCUGGGCCCAGUCCUGCUGCACAACUACACGCGUCGCGACACGCUGCUGGCACUGCGCCUGCUGCAGGACGACGAGUGCCGGCGCGUGACGCUCGACGAGCCGGACUCGCUCAUCUCCAACGCCAUCGACCACCUGCGUAUCGUGCCGAUGGAACUGGACGACCGGCAGCCGUCGCUGUUCUGCGUGCGCCGCGUCUGGCGCCUGCUUGAGCACGUGCACAGCCUGAUGACGUGCGACCCGUGCGACUGGGGCCGCCUGUUCGCGGUGGCGAGCCGCCUUCAGACUGUUGUCGGCUCGGUGGUGUGCGUGUUCGCCGUGGUGCGCGCAUUCGCAGAGUUCCCGCUGGACGAAUUUGUGCAGGCGACGUUCGGCACGUGCCUGCCGCGGCCGGAAGGACCGGCCGGCGGUGCCGCGCCUCCGCCGACGCCCGAGGAGGUGCGCGCCCUGGAGCGGGGCCGCCUCCUGCUGCAGAUCGGCCUGCAUGCGAGCGGCACCCGCCUGAGCUGCGACGUCGGCCACUGGCUCCGGCUGCCCGACGAGCUGGUGCAGCCGCCGGCACUGGCGGUGAUCGCGCGCGCCGCCAUCCACGCUCAGGUGCGGCGCACCGUGCGCAGCCGCUACGUGACGCGGCCGGCCAAGAUGGCGGCCGAGCUGCGGCGCGUGGCGGAGUUGUUGCCGGCCGGACUGCGACCGACGCUCCUGCUCGAGGACGCCGAGAUGCGCCGCCGGCUGGCCGCCAUGCUGGACGUGUCGCCCGGCUCGGCCUGGGCGCCGGCCGAGCCGGAUGAGCGACUGGAGGAGCAGCCUGACUGGAGCGGUCUGGGCCACGCGGCCGCCACUGGCUACGCCCGCCUCAUGAAGCUGGUCACCGCCUGGGAGCACUCAGACGGCUCACUCGGCUAGUGCGCAUGCGCGCGAUGUCAGCUGCUGGGCCGGUUCGGGAAACUAGUUCUCGGUGUGCUCAGCGGAGUCUCUCGACCUUGCAUGGCCAGGUUGCGCGCGAUUUUAGUGCUGUAUCGACCUUCAUGACGUUUGUAUUUAAAUGCAUCGACGGAGACGGGGCGUGUUCUUCUGGGCCAGUGCCACUGUAGUUGCGAACGAACUUGUGCUGAGCCACGGACUAUGCGACGAAUGGCGAUUGCACGUGACCGCUUUAUUCAGCCCGCCUUGUGCAAUCAGCAUCGCGUAUGAGCUGAAGGAUACAAGUAUUGUCUGAA